AUGGCCGACUCCACCAGCAGACCGAGCUAUCCUGCCGGGACGAUCGCCAAAGUGUCGACCGAUAUCCUAAACGAAACUUUUCACAACAUCAUUCAUGACUUGGUUGCCAAGGUCCACCGCGAGGAGAAGAUGGCGCGGAUGCGCUCCGCGGUGGUGAUUGCGAGACAAAAAGCAGAGGAAGAGUCAACUGUACCAGACGAGGCCGGCAAGACCGUAGCGGACGGCAAACCCAAAGAAGUCAUCAUCGAUGCGAACAAACUCGCAAGCACAAAGCUAGAGACGGACGCCGCCAUCUACGACCGCGGGAAAGUAUUCCUGAAAGGAAACCCGCUACACACCGUGAAGGAGAUCAUUUGUCCUGACUGCCGUCUCCCACGCUUGUCAUAUCCACCUGUCGGCACGGGCUACCGACCUCCCCCCGAUCCAAACCGUGAAUACUGUCGGAACGGGCCAAUGAUCACCUUACCCGGACACGACGUCCACGGGAAUAUGUUCGCCGUGAUGCCUAACCCUAAGAAGCGAAAGACCGAAAAGGACAGCACGAUUCCCGAGGUUCCUACGAGCAAAUGUCCUAUCUGCCCCCGAUACUUCGUGAUGAACCGAGUGGCGCAACAUCUGGACCGAUGCAUGAACAUCUCCGGACGUGGCAGCAGCACACGCAACAAGACUCCAACAGACAGUGGAGCGAGUGGCGCCAGUAGUCCGACCUCAUCAGCACCGAAGCGACCCCACAACGACGACGAAGACGGCAGUCCGAGCCCGACAAAGAAGAAAAAGCUCAACACGUCCAAGAAAGGCUCUAUGAACAAGCCUGGGCCUAGUAAGCUUAAGCAGUCAUUUACAGCAGAGGAUGACGACGAUGUCAAGAGUGAGAAUGCGGAUUGA